AUGUCCUUGCCAUUCCUGUCCGAGCUCAUCUCAGCCCUUCAGGCCAAGAUAGACGCCGCAUGUGAUCCUACCGUCAACCAUCACAUCCCCGGCGUGGUAUCCAUCGUCGUCGAUAGCCAUGGCGCCGAGAAAUUCGCCUACGCUAGCGGCAUGCGAGGUAUUGGAUCGGGAAUCCCGAUGAGUUUGGAUAAUAUCUUCCGGAUUGCUUCGUGCACUAAGCUCAUCACCUCCAUAGCCUGUCUGCAGCUUGUUGAAGAGAGACUCAUCGACUUGGACGAUGUGUCUUUUCUCGAGGCGCUUUUGCCGGAAUUGAAGGACGUGGACAAUUGCCCACCACAUAUUCGGUAA